CAGGGAGUUGCAAUUACUGGGACUUAUAGGAUAACUGGUAGGGUUAUUAAGGAGCUUCUUGACCUCCAGAAAUCGGAUAAAAAGGACGUAAUACCCUGGGGUAAAACGUAUUCCAGGUAUAUGCCUAAUAGAGAAGUAUAUUAUAUUGGGUAG